UCGAUUCAUCAAGGUGGAAAUUGGAACACCAUUGAAUUUUGAAGAGCUUAAAUACAAAGCUUUGAUGUUGUAUUUUGACCAAAAUGACUGUAAUAGUUACAUGGAGGCAGAAUCAGAGUGCAUGAAGUCGUUAUGUGGUCCAAAUGGGGAAACAUUAGAUGAAGAACCAAAGGAAAUUAGCAGGCGACGUAUAUGUUCUGUUUGUAAUUGCAGCUAUAUCGGAAACCAAUGUAUUAUUUGCAUCCAAAAUAAUGAGUAUAGUGCUUCUUGCAUUACAGAUAGCAACUUGAACUUGUUUGGCAAUUUGUUUGAACCUUCUUGUGUUGAUGAUGACUCUCAACUUUCAAAUGAAAACGAAGAAGAAAGGCUUUAAAUCAAUUGAGAGAAAGAAGGAUUCAAACUUUAGCUUGAGCUUUAAUAGCUAUAGCAACCGGUGGGAACGAGCCUUCGAAUUUGGAUAAUGCAAGCGCAAGUUCUGAUGUUACAGACGUAGUACAGCACAUUGCUAAAAUACACCGCAUGACGAUAAAGAAAGAUUUGAUGGAUUUAUUUAUUACUAAGCAGAUCAAUGUGACAGAUGACAUCCGAUAUAUAUGGAUUGAUCCUCGUGGCCAAGAAGAAAAUGGUGCAGGGUCAGGUGUUUCUCGGGAUAUUUAUUCUUCAUUCUGGAAUGAAGUAUACAAUGCAUACUUGUAUGGCGAGCAAGAAAGAGUGCCACAAGUUCGGCAUGAUUUGUACAAACAAGAGUGGCGUGCAUUUGGCAUGAUCAUUUUAAAGGGGUAUGUUGACACUGGUUACUACUUUCCAAUCAGUUUGAGUCGAGCUUUUUUAUGUUUUUGUUUGUUCGGAGAAGUUCCAGAAGAGCUGCUGAUAUCUUCAUUCCUGAAAUACUUGUCAUCAGAUGAAAGUCAAAUGAUGACAAAAGCCAUUGGUAAAAACGAAGGUGAGAAUGUUAUUCACAGUGAUGAAUUUGCUGAAAUUUUGGAACAAUUCAAAUGUAAAACUGUAGUAACAGAAUCAAAUGUGAAAUCAGUUAUCAUUGAAUUAGCUCGCCAGGAACUGGUACAGAAAAGUCACAUUAUAGCCUCAUGUUGGGAAGUUGCCUUUUCAGAGUUAAAAAGAAGCCAGAAUUUUUAUCCAUGGAGAAUAUUGUGA